CUUGCUUUCAAGUAGAAUGAUAGAUCUAUAACUCACAUUUCUCUGUGCAUUUGGAUCGGGUUGCCCAAAAAGUUAUAUAUUGCCACUUUAAUAUGUUUCUGAGUUACGGAUGUUUUUCUAUUUGACAGGCACCGCAUAUCAACAUCUGUUUUCUCAAUUCUCAUCUGCUCUCUAUAUAGUGUACUGUUCAAUAGUGUACAGUAGAGUUGCUGCCCCAGACAGUAGCAGUUGCUAGACCCUGAACCUUGCUGGACCCUGAACCUUGCUGGACCCUGGACCCUGAACCCUCCAAACCCAAGAAGCCAAAAGAACAGUCUGUACAAUAGCUACGCCCUCAUCAUAUUGCAGCGCCAACUCCAAUGAGGAACAUCCCUCACAGCAGGACAUGCCCAAUGAACCACUCUCUCUCUCCCCUUCUGCCUCUCUUUCCCCUUCUACCUGCUGUACCUCUACUCUAAUUAACAGGUGCUCAAAGUCUUAAGGGGUUGCCCCAGACAACAGGAUGGGUACGCCAUUAGCCUAUCUAAUGAUAGAGGGAGAGAGCGGGAUAGAGAGGGGGGGGGGAUAGUGAGGUGUGAGGCAUCUGUUAGUUCACACGCACUGCUUACCGGGACAGAGGUGGGCAAUCCGAGUGGUGGGGAGAUCUGUUGCAAGGGCUUGUUUACACUGUGUGAGAAUGUGUGUGUGUGUGUGAGAGCGUGAGAGAGUUUUUCUCUCUGUGUGUGUCUCUGGUGUGUGUGCCUGCGCACACUCGCCGGCGCGGGCGCAGAGCUGGAAAUGCUGAGACAGACAGCUGGUUUAUUUUUGGGUCAGUGACAGUGUGUCAAUGGCCGCAGAUGCGUCGGAAAGGAAGGCUCUGAGAUACCAACAGACCCUGCUGUAUGGGGAAUACAGCGAGCACCCGGGUGGGUCUGGCCGCCGGAGAGAGGCCACCCGACUGCUAACAGCGAGACAAUGGAAGAAACACGACCACCAUCACCAUGGUCACCACCCGCAGCAUCGCCAUGGCCACCAUCACCACAGCCACCACCAUGGCCACCCCCACAGUCACACACAUGGACACGGGCACCACAGCAGGCACAGGGGUCUGCAUCACUCGGAUGAGGCAGGACAUGCACAUAUGGCUACAGAGCAAGGCAACCCUUUGUCUAUAAAGAAACGCCCCUCCUACUCAAAGUGCAGAGACUGUGUAGCGCGGAUACAGAGGUUCCUAGUCACCAAGCUGGGAGAGGACUGGAUCUUCCUGGUGCUGCUGGGUGUCUCAAUGGCGCUGGUCAGCUGGACCAUGGACUACACCAGCGCCAAGAGUCUACAAUUGUACAAGUGGAUUCACUGGGAGCUGAGGGGUAAUGUCCUGCUCCAGUACCUGGCCUGGGUCAGCUAUCCCAUGGUGCUCAUCAUGUUCGCCUCCUCCUUCUGCCACCUGGUUGCCCCACAAGCCAUCGGCUCUGGUAUUCCUGAGCUGAAGACCAUUCUCAGAGGCGUAGUGCUGAAAGAGUAUCUGACUCUCAAGGCUUUUACUGCCAAGGUCAUUGGUCUGACUGCAGGUCUGGGCAGUGGGAUGCCAGUGGGGAAAGAGGGCCCAUUUGUUCAUAUAGCCAGCAUCUGUGCUGCUGUGCUGAGCAAGUGUAUGAUGUUCUUCUCAGGAGUCAAUCAGAGCCCAUACUGCUACACAGACAUCCUCACAGUUGGCUGUGCGGUUGGGGUGGGCUGUUGUUUCGGUACCCCUCUUGGAGGGGUGCUGUUCAGUAUAGAGGUGACGUCCACUUACUUUGCUGUGAGGAACUACUGGAGAGGCUAUUUUGCCGCCACCUUCAGUGCCUUCAUAUUCAGAGUGCUCUCUGUGUUCAACAAAGAUGCAGUCACCAUCACUGCUCUCUUCCGCACCAAGUUCCGCAUGGAUUUCCCCUUUGACCUCCAGGAGCUGCCAGCAUUUGCCAUCAUCGGGAUCUCCUGCGGGUUCCUGGGGGCUUUCUUCGUCUGGCUGAACCGCCAGGUGGUGCUGUUCAUGAGGAAACCCAAUGCCAUGACACGCUUCCUCACCAGACACCGACUGAUUUUCCCCGGUGUUGUGACCUUAGUGAUAGCCACCUUGACCUUUCCCCCUGGAUUUGGACAGUUCAUGGCUGGAGAGCUGAUGCCCAGAGAAUGCAUCAACUCGCUGUUCGACAACUUCACCUGGACUAAAAUCUGGGGCUCCCCCCCUCCCCCCGGCCUGGGGCGCUCCUCUGCCUGGCUGCACGCCGACGUCAGCGUCUUCGUCAUCCUCCUCCUCUUCUUCGUCAUGAAGUUUUGGAUGUCUGCUGUUUCGACGACGAUGCCCAUCCCUUCUGGAGCCUUCAUGCCUGUCUUCAUACUCGGAGCCUCUUUCGGCCGACUGGUAGGGGAGAUCAUGGCUGCCCUCUUCCCCCACGGGAUUCUGUUUGAUGGAAUCUUGUACCGCAUCAUCCCAGGAGGGUACGCUGUCAUUGGAGCGGCUGCACUGACCGGGGCGGUGACCCACACGGUGUCCACGGCGGUGAUCUGCUUCGAGCUGACAGGCCAGAUCUCCCACAUCCUGCCCAUGAUGGUGGCGGUGAUCCUGGCCAACAUGGUGGCCCAGGGCCUGCAGCCCUCGCUCUACGACUCCAUCAUCCAGAUCAAGAAACUGCCUUACCUCCCUGAGCUGGGCUUUGGACACAUCAGCCAGUAUAACAUCUUUGUGGAGGACAUCAUGGUUAGGAAAGUGAAGUUUCUCUCGUUACAGUCCACCUACAGGGAGUUGAUAUAUCUCCUGGACUCCAUUUCUCUCAAAACCAUACCACUAGUGGAUUCAACAGAUUCUAUGAUCUUAUUGGGCUCCAUCGACCGGUCAGAGCUCCAUGCUCUCUGUGAUUGGUGGCUCUCUGCAGAGAGGCGGAUCUUCAGGCAGGAACAGUGUUUACAGGAACAGAACCAGUAUGCCAAAGACAGCUGGGAAUCCUUUGCCUUUGUGGAUGAAGACGAUGAGGAGAGUGGAGAUAAGAGCACCCCAGUUCAGGAAGAACGAAAUGGCCCCCUGCCGUCCCCUAAACCGCAGGAGCCCUCGUCCAAUCACACAGCUCCUGACAAGGGCCCUCUUCAGUCCGUUAGAAGAACUCUGUGGAAUGUCUUCUCCUCCCAAGACAAACAGGCAGAGGGACAGUCACAGGAGCCUUGCGCCAACCCUCUCCUGUCCGAUAAGAUGACACCGGAAGAGAUCAAAGAAUGGGAGGAGGCCGAGAUGGACAAGCCAAUGGAAAUUGAUCAGAUCCGAAUAGAUCCUUCCCCUUUUCAGCUGGUGGAGAGGACCUCGCUACACAAGACCCACACACUCUUCUCGUUACUGGGCCUGAGUCAUGCCUAUGUCACCAGUAUCGGAAAACUGGUGGGUGUUGUGGCACUUAAAGAGCUCCAGAAGGCCAUUGAGGCCUCUACGCAUAGCGGGGUCCGGCUACGCCCCCCCCUGGCCAGCUUCAGCAACAUCAGACGGAAGUCAUCCAAGCCCCAGACAAACUCAGCCCCAGCCUCCCCCACCGCCCCCUCCUCCCCUCUCUCCCCCGCUCCCGUCGUCCCCCAUGCCCCUGCCCCGCCACCUCCCCCGCCACCGGAGGAGGAAGAGAUGGCGGUGUGGAUCGAGGGCACGAGGCGGGAGGUAGCAGAGGUGAACAGCAGCAGUAGUAGCAGCAGCAGCGGAACAGGGAGCAGCAGUAGCAACAGUAGCCCUUCGCUACCCCACUCGUUGCCCCUCUCCCUCCCCCUCACCUCGCCCCUCUCCAUCCCCCUCACUGUCGCCCUCUCCAUCCCCCUUGCUGCCUUCUCCACCCCCCUCCCCGCCCUCUGGGCUGCCACGGAGCAGCAAGUGGAGGAGGAGGAGAGUAAUGAUGAGGAGCCCAUCUAGCCUUAUAGACGAGUGCUGUUUUCUUUUUUUUAUAACGUGUUUUUUUUUAUAUGGUGUGAAUUUCUCUUUUAGUCUUUCUCUAUCCCUUUAUUUUCUCUCUCUCACUAUCGAGCUUUCCCUCUGUCUUUCCUCUCUCGGUGAAUGAUGUCUGUGAAUCCAUGAGGAGAAAAAAUCUGGGCUCCAUAGUAGUACUUCACUUUUUAAGAUCAUUGGUUUUAUUUUUUUAAUUUAACCUUUAUUUAACCCACCUUUAUUUAAACAGGAGACAAUGGCUACCGGUGGUGUUUCAAGAGCUAAAAAUUCAACAAGUCCCACCUUGUGAGGGAGUUCUAUGAUCACCGUGCUGGGUUGAUAGAUGACAGUGUUAAAUCAGACUGACGACAGCCAACUCAGAUGUAAUGAUGCUAGAGAUUUUUUACUUAAUAAUGCUAUGGCUACAAACGGAACAGCCACCAUCCAUCCCCCUUUGUAAUUUAGAUUAAUCCCUCACUUGAUGAGAACACAAAACAAACACAUGCUGAAUGAUUUUAUGAUGGUGAAUUUUCCUACCCCCCUCAACAACAAAAAAACUGGGUAGUGUUCUUCAGGCACUAGAUGGAGGGAAAUGGACUGAAACAGGAGGGACUACCUCAGCAAAUAAGAAAUGCUCAUAUUUGUUUUACGUUGCGAAACAUCAUAAAAUGUUACUCUUUGCAUGCCCUAAUGAACAAAACCCGAUGUUCUUCUGACAACACUGAGCACAGAAGAAAAAAGAAACGGUAUGACACAGGGUUUUAUGUGAAAAGUAGUUAAAUUAUGAAUGAACCUCUUUCUCUCUGGCUCUUUCUCGCUCUACUUCAAACAGUUUCUCAGGUUGCUCCCUAUGUCUUUAAACCUGCAGAUUUUGGACAGAGGAAUCUUUGCUGUCUGUGAAAUGAAGAGGAUUUCUAUUAUAUUUUGUCAAUCUGUUUUUUAAUGUCUGAAUGUACAGUAUGUAUGUUUAUCUGUCUGUCUUUAGUCGUGUAUUUAUUUAUCUUUUGUAGAGACGAUUUUUCUCUGAAUGUAUAAAACGAUGACUAAUGUAGUUAAUAAAAGGUUAGUAACUUA